UUUUAUCUACAGAACUACGAGUCACCUUUUGCACACCUAAAAGAGCGCAAAAGAGUUCUCUAGUAUGUUUGUAUUGGCAGAAAUUAAGGAUACAGUACAGAUUAAGCCUUGGCUUUUUUCACUUGAUAUACAAGAAGCUAUAUCUAAUAAGUUAAACAUGAAAUUAGCAAAUAAGGUUGUGCAUAAUGUAGGCUUGUGUAUAGUUCUGCAUGAUAUCCUGUCUAUUGGUGACUCCUAUCUAGUGCCAGGUGAUGGCUCAUCACACACCCCAGUUACAUUUAGGUUUGUUGUGUUUCGUCCAUUUGUUGAUGAGAUACUGAAAGGAAGAAUCCGAAGUUGUAACCAUGAGGGUGUUCAAGUGUCCAUGGAGUUCUUUGACGACAUCAUCAUACCAUAUGAAAACUUACAGCAGCCUUCAAAGUUUGAUGAGGAUGAACAAGUGUGGGUAUGGGAAUACACCCAAGAAGGGGACGAGACACAUUCCAUGUUUAUGGAUGUGAAUGAAGAAAUACGUUUUCGUGUGGUGGAUGAGACUUUUACUGAUGUCACCCCAUCUGGACCAGAAGCUGCUAGUAAAGACCAGAUAGCAACCAAAGAUGAUCAGGAAAUCAGGAAAUCACCCUACACCAUAACUGGAUCUAUAAGUGAACCUGGACUUGGUCUGCUGUCAUGGUGGACAUGAAAUAUUUCUAUGGACCACAAUUAUGGGCUGUGCAAGUGGUGCCUGCUGACCAAGUCCGAGGCUCACAUCAUGGGAGUCUGCUGACCAAGUCUGAGGCUCACAUCAUGGUAGUUGUCUGACCAAGUAUGAGGCUCACAUUAGGAGAGUCUGCUGACAAUGUCUGAGGCUCAGAUCAAGAGUGUCUGCUGACCAAGUCCGAAGCUCACACCAUGAGUGUCUGCUGACCAGGCCUGAAUCUAACACCAGGAGUUUCUGUUGACCAGGAAUGCGGCUCACACUUGAAGUGUCUGCUGACCAAGUCUUAGGAGUAACUGCUGACCAAGAAGGAGGCUCACAUCUGGAAUGACAGCUGACCCAGAAGGAGGCUCACUUCAGGAGUGUCUGCUGACCAAGAAUGCCGCCCACCCCAGAAGUGUCUGCUGACCAAGUCUGAGGCUCACAUUAGGAGUAACUGCCGACCGAAAAGGAGGCUCACUUCAGGAGUGUCUGCUGACCGAGAAGGAGGCUCACCUCAUGAGUGUCUGCUGACCAAGUCUAAGGCUUAUAUCAUGAAUGUCUGCCGACCAAGUAUCGCCCCAUGAGAGGUGAAUUGUGCCGUUACCCCCAAAUAUGAUCUGUGUGCUCAAAAGCACAUAAUUAUAUUAUUUUUUAUUAAUUUUUAAAUGAUUUUCAAGAAAGGGUAAUAAAUACAGAUACUGUA